AUGAUUGUCUGUGGCCCGUCAGGGCUCGUCAGGGCCACCAUCGUCAGGGCUCGUCAGGGCCACCAUCGUCAGGGCUCGUCAGGGCCACCAUCGUCAGGGCUCGUCAGGGCCACCAUCGUCAGGGCUCGUCAGGGCCACCAUCGUCAGGGCCACCAUCGUCAGGGCUCGUCAGGGCUCGUCAGGGGCCACUAUCUUCAGGGCUCGUCAGGGCCACCAUCGUCAGGGCUCGUUAGGGGCCACUAUCUUCAGGGCUCGUCAGGGCCACCAUCGUUAGGGCCACCAUCGUCAGGGCUCGUCAGGGGCCACCAUCGUCAGGGCUCGUCAGGGCCACCAUCGUCAGGGCUCGUCAGGGGCCACUAUCUUCAGGGCUCGUCAGGGCCACCAUCGUCAGGGCUCGUUAGGGGCCACUAUCUUCAGGGCUCGUCAGGGCCACCAUCGUCAGGGGCCACCAUCGUCAGGGCUCGUCAGGGGCCACCAUCGUCAGGGCUCGUCAGGGGCCACCAUCGUCAGGGCUCGUCAGGGGCCACCAUCGUCAGGGCUCGUCAGGGGCCACCAUCGUCAGGGCUCGUCAGGGGCCACUAUCUUCAGG